CUGCCGCGCCGGGCCGUGAGCAUCGCCCGCCCGCCCGCCUGCCUCGCCGCCGCCGCCGCCGCCGCCUUGGCCGCUACGGAGCGCCGGGCCUCCCGGGAACAUGGCCCUGGAGCAGCUGUGCUCGGCUCUCAAAGUGUUGUUAAUAACAAUACUUGUAGUGGAAGGGAUUGCUGUGGCCCAAAAGACCCAAGAUGGACAGAAUUUUGGAAUGAAGCACAGUUCUCCAUCUGAUUGUGGUGGCAUCUGGGUUCGAACUAGCAACGGAGGUCAUUUUGCUUCACCAAAUUAUCCUGACUCAUAUCCACCAAACAAGGAGUGUAUUUAUACUUUGGAAGCCGCUCCACGUCAAAGAAUAGAGUUGACCUUUGAUGACCAUUAUUAUAUAGAACCAUCGUUUGAAUGUCGGUUUGAUCACUUGGAAGUUAGAGAUGGACCAUUUGGUUUCUCUCCACUUAUAAAUCGCUAUUGUGGUGUGAAAAGCCCUCCAUUAAUUAGAUCAACAGGGAGAUUCAUGUGGAUAAAGUUUAGUUCUGAUGAAGAACUGGAAGGACUGGGUUUUCGAGCAAAAUACUCAUUUAUUCCAGAUCCAGACUUUACUUAUCUAGGAGGUAUUUUAAAUCCCAUCCCAGAUUGCCAGUUUGAACUCUCAGGAGCUGAUGGAAUAGUGCGUUCUAGUCAGGUGGAACAAGAAGAAAAAACCAAACCAGGUCAAGCAGUUGAUUGCAUAUGGACAAUUAAAGCUACUCCAAAAGCUAAGAUUUAUCUGAGAUUCCUAGAUUACCAAAUGGAGCAUUCAAAUGAAUGCAAAAGAAACUUUGUUGCUGUCUAUGAUGGAAGCAGUUCUAUUGAAAAUUUGAAAGCCAAGUUUUGUAGCACUGUAGCCAAUGAUGUGAUGCUUACAACAGGAAUUGGCGUGAUAAGAAUGUGGGCAGAUGAAGGCAGUCGGCUUAGCAGGUUUAGAAUGCUCUUUACAUCCUUUGUGGAGCCUCCCUGCACAGGCAGCACUUUCUUUUGCCAUAGCAACAUGUGCAUCAAUAAUUCUCUAGUGUGCAAUGGUGUCCAAAAUUGUGCAUAUCCUUGGGAUGAAAAUCAUUGUAAAGAAAAGAAAAAAGCAGGGCUAUUUGAACAAAUUACUAAAACUCAUGGAACAAUUAUUGGCAUUACAUCAGGGAUUGUCUUGGUCCUUCUCAUUAUUUCUAUUUUAGUACAAGUGAAACAGCCUCGGAAAAAGGUCAUGGCUUGCAAAACUGCUUUUAAUAAAUCUGGAUUUCAAGAAGUGUUUGAUCCUCCUCAUUAUGAAUUAUUUUCACUAAGGGACAAAGAGAUUUCUGCAGACCUGGCUGACUUGUCAGAAGAACUGGACAGUUAUCAGAAGAUGCGGCGCUCCUCCACUGCCUCCCGGUGCAUUCAUGACCAUCACUGUGGAUCACAAGCAUCCAAUGUCAAACAAAGCAGAACCAAUCUCAGUUCCAUGGAACUUCCUUUCCGAAAUGAUUUUGCACAACCACAGCCAAUGAAAACAUUUAAUAGCACCUUCAAGAAAAGUAGCUAUACUUUCAAACAGGCACAUGAGUGUCCUGAACAGGCCCUAGAAGACAGAGUAAUGGAAGAGAUUCCUUGUGAAAUAUAUGUCAGGGGGAGAGAAGAUUCUGCACAAGCAUCCAUAUCCAUUGACUUUUAAUCUUCUACUAAAGGUGACAUUAAUUAUUAAAAUAUGUAUGUUUGCAGUCUACAGAAUGUCCAAACUGUUUUUGUCAACCACUAAUCCUUUUCUCUUAUCAAAACUAGGAAGACUUUCAUUUACCAUUAACCUAUUGUAAUUACAGGUGAAGUUUUUAUUAGCUCAGGCAGCUGAUAAUCUAUUAAACCAACCAAGGAAUUUUAUUCAGUGAAAAAAAGUUAUCUAUUGCUUGGUGUCAUAAACAAAGCACCAAUUAAAUAGAAUUUGAAAAGAGAGGAAAUGUAUUGUUGAACCAGGGUCAGGCUGCCAGUUAGUGUUAGCAACAAAAAUACUGCUCUUGAUUGAUAGUAGCUCUUUUACUAUUUUGAUCCAUAAAAAGCCGAAGUUUUUCUUUACAUUCCUUUUUUGCUUUUCUCUGAAUUUGUGUAAUAAACCAAACUGCAGUUUUACCAGUUCAGUUUCUUUCAUAAAGGUAGUAGUUAUGAUACCACACAUAACAUUUAUUCUAGAAUUUGCCAAACUAUAGUUAUUGUGAUAAGUGCUAAUUAGUUAUAUUUUUUCCAUAUGUUUCUCCUUGAUUAAUUUUUGUACUGCUGCCUUUUAGUGAUUAGAUUCUUAGUUUUUAUUUUUUUUGUGAGAAGUAUAUUUGAUUUCUCACUCUAGGUCAUAUUGUGAUGUUAUGCUAUAAAAAUCUCACAAACCUGGGAAGUGUGCACCAUUGCCAUUUAGAAUAUAAAACCUGAAAAAGGUUAAAAUGUUCAGAAAUCCUUUAAAGUUUUCCGAAUUUGGUCGCAUUGAGUGAUGAUCCAUUCAUUUUUUUAAGCAAAGAAUAAUUCAUUUUAGAGGGAAACCUAUAAUUAUAUUAAUUUCCAAUGUUUUUAUUACCAGAUCUAUUUUGUAUUAAUUUUAUUUUAAAAUGACAGUUCCAUUUGUAUUGGUUUACUUUAUGACAUACAAUAACCAUGAUCUUAUGAGAGUGUAAGGAAAAUUUCUAGAAAAUACUGUAUGACUUUUAGAUUGCUUUUACUUGAGUCAAUGCAAUUUUUUAGUUCUUAACAAGAAUAACAAUUUCCAGUUUUUUCAGACUUCACUUUUGACCUUUUUUUAUGGCAUAUAAAAUAAUAACAUGACAUAAACAAACUCAUUGUGUUUUUUUUUUAGACUUUGGAUAUUAUUUGAUACUGUACAAACCUUAUUAAUCCUGCAUGACAUUUCUUUUUAUAUUUACAUCAGCAGCAUUGUAUACAAGUAUGCUGUGAUGGAACACUAUAAUUUAUUGUAAAGACUGUGGUGAUGUGUACAUAAUCUCUUUAUUCCCUUUCAUUACAGUAUUUAAAGUUUAUGAUAUAUUUUUACUGUGUAAUAUUUAUUGUCCUCAAUCACUACUAAAAUCUUAUUAAUACACAUUGCUACAUCGUCCUUCAAUCAUGUUAUUUAUGGCACAAAGUUUUUGAAUCUUAGAUAAAUAAGGAAAAGAAACUACCCAGAUUUUUAACUUAUACAGAUUUAACAUUAAAAGAGACAUUUCUCAAAAAUAAAA